UGUUGCAAGGUUUUCCACCGAACAAUUAAAAAUAUAGUACAUAUUAUUGGUUAACGCACACAGCUUGUCACUUGGAACUUACAAAAAAAUGCUAUUUUUCUCAAGUUUUGUAUUUUCAUGGCAUGGAUCACUAAACUGAAGCUCACUGCCUGCUGGUGCGCAAGUUUGUGUUAAGCCAUCACGAGGGCCACGCUAUUUUAUUAUUUGCCAGCUGGGAUGGAUUCCAUUAAUCAUUUAUAUUUGUAGUUCAAUUGCACAGCAUCUUGUCUGAGAAGAGCAUCAAUUCAAGAAAAUGAACUUUGAAGAUGAAGAUUUUGAUUUUGCUGAGGGUUUCCUGGACGAGGUCCUGCCUCCAAGUCGGAUGCCAUCUCACCCUCCUACCGGCAGCAGCAGCGAGCGGCGCGGCGGCUGGGCGGCUCCCGGCGCCGGCCGUCCGGACCGCCCUGACGACCCGGGACUGGGAGGCUUCAGCUGCACCCCUGACUCGGUCAGCGUCAGCCAGAUGUUCGGGCUGCGGCCCGGCGCGGCGACCUUCCCCUCCUGGCCUGCUCCCGCCGCCGCCCCCGCCGCUGCCGCCCCCGCCGCGGCGCCGGCCUCGCCCGAGAUGUCCACUGCAGAUAUGUUCGCCGACGACGAUGAUCUAAUGGAUGCGGACCUGCUAGACGCCUGUGAGGCGGCCGAGGCGGCUCCUGCGGCCGCCCACCUCCCGACCGUCGGCGCCGUCAGCUCUCAGUCACGUGAUCUGCCCAGCGGCGCCGCCACUGGCCCACGUGACAUGCUGGACGACAUAGGGGAGGCACCACGUGACACGGAAGAUAAGCGGAACGGUGCUAAAACGCCGCCGCGUGACCCACCAGCCAGUCGGUGUCCACUAGCUGACCUGAGAUCAGGUGACUCACCGGUCGCUGGGUCGGCGUUCCCUGGAAACGGAGCACGUGACUCACCUCUGGCCGGCAUGACGCUCCCUGACCGGGAGUCACGUGACAUGCCGGCGGGUUCUCGCCGGUCGUCUGACGUGCCACGCUCCGGUGGGCGGCGCUCGACGGGCUCGGCAGUGAAGAGACGCUUCCCCGGACCGGCCGGCAUUCUACCCAUGACGGGCUCUCUGCUGACACUGGCGCACGAGGUCAGUCUCCAGGACGAUGACUCGAUCGCCGCUGGGGAGGACGAUGACCCCAGCCUGCAUGACCCGGUCUCGGAGAGUCAGCUCUCGCAGCCGGAGGACACUGCCGCCUGGGAGGCCGGGCCGUGGCGCCGACUACUGGCCGAGCUGCGACUCUCGCCGGCCGACGCCGACGGCCUGCCGCGCCGCAUUAACCUGGGCGCGGUGCGUCGCGCGGCGGCCGCCAACCAGCUGCGCAAGGUGCCCCUGCUGGUGGCCGUGCUGCACAGCCUGGAGCCCACCUCGGACCUCAGCUACCAGGCCACCUUCCGCGACCCCACCGGUCAAAUGGAGGGAACCGUAGCCAAGGACGCGUUUGAGCACGGUGGCGCCGCGCUGCGGCCGGGCUGCGCACUACUGCUUCGUGACGUGGUCGUGUGGCGGGAGUCAGCACGGCGGCUCUAUCUGAGCGUGACCCGGCGCAGUCUGGUCUACCUGGCACCGGAGACACCGGCCGGGGCCGACUCCGCGCCCGUCGUACGGCUGUCCGAGCUCAGUGAGGCAGAGUUGACGUCGGCACGGCUCGUGGAGGAGCCGCCAGAGGUGGCUGUACUCCAGGAGUCUCCUCCGCCGUCCCCGCCGCGGCCGCAGCUCUACCCGACCCCUCAGCUGUCCGGCGGCGGCGGCAGCGGCGGCGGCCGCUGCUGGCGGGGCCGUGGUGGCCGCUCGUGGCGCGGCAGAGGUGGCGGGGGUUCCUCCAGAGGCCGGCCGGCGCCCUACUCCACCCCACAGCGAACCGGUGGUGGCAGUAGUAGAGGUGCAAACUCGGCGUCCCCCGCCCUGCGCUCAGCGCCGGCCGCCAGUCGACCUGCCGCGACCUCUCCCCUGACCUCCGGGUCGGCACACCCACCCCGGGCGGCGGCGGCGGCGGCAGCCUCCCCCGCCCUCCGGCUGUUCUCCAGACCGCUCUGA